AUGCCACGUAUCGAGUAUGAACCAAAACUUGAUUUCAAAGACGUAUUGUUGAGACCAAAGCGAUCAACGUUAAAAAGUCGUGCCGAUGUUGAUUUAACUCGAGAGUAUGUAUUCCGUAAUUCGAAAAAGAAAUACGUUGGAAUACCAGUGGUUGCCUCAAAUAUGGAUACAGUUGGCACAUUUGAAAUGGCUGAAGUGAUGGCGAAAUCAUCACUUUUCACAACCGUUCACAAACAUUAUUCCGUUGAUGAAUGGCUUCAAUUCGUCGAAAAACAUGGUAGAAAUCCUCAGAUAAUGUCACAAAUUGGAAUCUCAUCUGGAAUAUCGCAAAUGGAUUUUGAGAAGUUACAAACGGUUUGCGGUAAAAUUCCUGAGUUGGAAUAUAUUUGCUUGGAUGUGGCGAAUGGCUAUUCGGAAGUGUUUGUUGAUUUCAUAAGACGUGUUCGUGAACAAUUUCCAACACAUACCAUAUUUGCGGGUAAUGUGGUAACUGGCGAAAUGGUUGAAGAACUCAUUCUGACUGGUGCCGAUGUUGUUAAGGUAGGUAUAGGGCCAGGAUCGGUAUGUACAACUCGAAAAAAAGCAGGUGUGGGAUAUCCACAGUUGAGUGCGGUUUUGGAGUGUGCAGACGCGUCACACGGUUUGAAUGGGCAUGUGAUGAGUGAUGGUGGUUGUACGAAUCCGGGUGAUGUGGCGAAGGCGUUUGGUGCAGGGGCAGAUUUUGUUAUGAUUGGAGGUUUAUUGGCUGGUCAUGAUCAAUGCGGUGGCGAGGUUGUUGAGCAAAAUGGUAAAAAGUUCAAGUUAUUCUACGGAAUGUCAUCAGAUACAGCCAUGAAGAAGUAUCAGGGAAGUGUGGCCGAAUAUCGCGCUUCUGAAGGAAAGACUGUCUACAUGCCGUACAGAGGUGAUGUAUCACAAACAGUGCAUGAUUUGCUAGGUGGUUUACGUUCGGCAUGUACCUACACGGGCGCAACCAAACUCAAAGAACUUUCCAAACGAGCUACGUUCAUUCGUGUCACUCAGCAAACCAAUGAUCAGUAUUCGGCAUACGAAAUACCAGCCUUCCAUUAA